ACGACAGACUCAGGCAUCUAACUCUUCUGCCACCAUCUCUGUUUCGUCUUCAGUUAUAUCAGGCUUACCAGAGGAACUGGGAAUGCUGCUGCUGCUGUUCCUUUUCCUCCAGCCAGCCGGGAAGCAGCGCUCUCCUCCCGCAGACCGCCAGGCUGUCCCGACUGCCCAGGCUGGCAGGCAGUGGCGACGGCAAAGGACCCGACUCGCGGACCGCUAAAGUGGAAAACACCGAAGAAACCUCUGAAACUUGGACAUAAACCACGAAUGUUUAAGUUUGGAUUUCCCAAACGGACCAGGAACGUCGCAGACAGCUCGGUGUUGGCUGGAAGUUUCCGAGUCGAACGGAACGCAGCCGGGAUGUGGUGACGAGACUCCACCGGGAAGCUAACGCUAGCCGGGAGACAAACACUACAUCGGUUUCUUAGAUCUCAGGAGAUCUACUUCGGGAUUUAUUGUUUUAGAAAUCAAAUAGUGCGUUUUGUGUCGCACAUUCUAUAAUGUUAUGUACUUUUAUAUGAGAUUUAGCUCAAAAGUUACUAAAUUAAAUUGGCGAGCGUUAGCUACCUAGCAGGCUAGUAGCUGCCGACUUUAAGCUGACUUCAAGCCAAAGAUUUCUGUUUCAAAUUAACUAGCUAGGCUGCAACAGUUUCCACGUCAGCUGACUCCAUCAGCACCCGUGGGUCAGUUAAGAAAUGCUACUUUUAUCGAGUUUUGCUUCAUAUUUUACGGUGGCCGUUAGUCUUGUGACGCAAAGAUAAACACUUGACUUCCAAAUUCAGGUAUGCGAUCUUCGAAUCACCAGCUCUCUUAUCAGCUAGCAUGCUAACGCCAAGUUAGCCGGCCAAACUUGGGAAUACUACCCCCUGCUCACUUUGUGGGUUUGAGGCCUUAAGGAAAUCAUCCUGUUUUUUCUUCCCAGAAGACCCCAUUUCAGCCUUAAUCUUGGUGUCUGAACGGGAUUUACAUGUUUUAAAUGACUGGAUGUUUCAGAAGUCUCUGAAGGCUGUUGGAUUUGUUUAACUUCAUUUACAAAACGUGGAUUUUAAAGAGUUUGGAUUAACGCUAAACUGCAAAGAUGAUGUGCGAGGUGAUGCCCACAAUCAGCGAGGCCGAAGGGCCUGGUGGGGGGAACGGUUCUGGGCGCCGAGGCUCCGGCUCUCCUCUGCAGUCAGACUCUGAAGGGCACUUUGAGUCGUUGAUGGUUUCCAUGUUAGAGGAGCGGGAUCGCCUUCUGGACACGCUGAGGGAGACUCAGGAGAAUCUGGGCCUGACCCAGAGCAAACUGCAUGAAGUUAGCCAUGAAAGAGACUCGCUGCAGCGGCAGCUGAACACUGCCUUACCUCAGGAGUUUGCCGCCCUAACAAAGGAGGUGAACAUGUGCCGGGAGCAGCUUCUGGAGAAAGAGGAGGAGAUUGCGGAGCUGAAGGCAGAGAGGAACAACACCCGGCUCUUGCUGGAACAUCUGGAGUGCCUGGUGUCUCGCCACGAGCGUAGUCUGAGGAUGACCGUGGUGAAGAGGCAGGCUCAGUCUCCAGCCGGCGUCUCCAGUGAAGUGGAAGUCCUCAAAGCUCUGAAGUCCCUUUUUGAACACCACAAAGCCCUCGACGAGAAGGUGAGAGAGCGACUUCGUGUUGCUUUGGAACGAUGCAGCGCUCUGGAGGAACAGCUCACCAUCUCACACAAGGAACUGGCGUUCCUCAGGGAGCAGACCAGUCUGAAGCGAGGUCUGGCCGACGGAACCAGCGAGGUCAACCACAACUCUGAAAACACGCUCAGCACCAACGGCAAGCGCUCCUCAGAUGGCUCGCUGAAUCAGGAAGAGGAAUCUGGGCCCGGGUUUGGGAAAGUCGGCGAGCUCCAGGAGGUGGUGGACCGACAGACUGCUGAUCUGGGUCAGAUGAAGGAGCGCGUGGCUGCUAUGGUCUCACGGAUCAGCGAGCUGGAGGAGGACCUGGACACGGCCCGGAAGGACCUCAUAAAGUCUGAAGACAUGAACACGAGGCUGCAGAGGGACCUCAGAGAGUCGAUGGCUCAGAAGGAGGACAUGGAGGAGAGGAUCACCACCCUGGAGAAGCGCUACCUGGCUGCUCAGAGGGAGGCCACCUCAGUCCACGACCUCAACGACAAGCUGGAGAACGAAGUGGCCAAUAAGGAGUCCCUCUUCAGACAGUCUGAGGAAAGAAGCCGGCAGCUCCAGGAGAAGCUGGAGGUGGCCGAGCAGAAGCUGCAGCAGACCAUCCGUAAAGCAGAAACUCUUCCUGAGGUGGAAGCAGAGUUAGCCCAGAGGGUCGCCGCCCUCACAAAGGCCGAAGAACGCCACGGUAACGUGGAGGAGAGUCUGAGGCAGCUCGAGGCUCAGCUGGAGGAGAAGAACCAGGAACUGCUCAGAGCUCGGCAGAGAGAGAAGAUGAACGAGGAGCACAACCGGCGUCUGUCUGAGACCGUGGACAAGCUCCUGUCCGAGUCCAACGAGAGACUUCAGCUCCACCUGAAAGAGCGGAUGUCCGCCCUGGAGGACAAGAACACCCUGAUAAGAGAACUGGAACACACCAAGAAGCUGAUAGAAGAGUCUCACCAUGAGAAGGAGCAGCUCCUGAUUCAGAUUGAGACGAUGAGGACAGAGAGCGAGCAGGGCAGGAGCAGGACCGACUCCUUACUGCACAGUCGCUCUCCGCUGGGCAGCACUCCAGAUUUCAGAUAUCCGGUGUCUGCUUCCUCCAUGAUGGACAGCAACUCAGACUACGGUGGCGGCGCUCUUGUCCUGAGGCGACCUCAGAAAGGACGGGUGGCGGCACUACGGGACGAGCCGUCUAAGGUGCAGACUCUGAAUGAACAGGAGUGGGAGCGCAUGCAGCAGGCUAACGUGCUAGCUAACGUAGCCCAGGCCUUUGAGAGCGACAUGGACGUCUCGGACCUGGAGGAGGACCGGGAGACGAUCUUCAACUCGGUGGACCUGCUGUCCCCUGCUGGUCAGGCUGACGCACAAACACUCGCCCUGAUGCUGCAGGAGCAACUGGACGCCAUCAACAAUGAAAUCAGGAUGAUCCAGGAGGAGAAGGAGAGCACCGCCAUCCGGGCAGAAGCGAUCGAGUGCAGAGUGGGCAGCAACGACGGUCUGGGGGGGCGGUUCCGCUCUCUGAGCUCCAUCCCUCCGUCUCUGUGUGCUGGCUCUUCGUUGGGGGGUUCACCACCCAGCUCGGGCACCUCCACCCCCAGACGCAUCCCCCGCAGCCCCAACAGAGAGCUGGAUCGGAUGGGGGUCAUGACCUUGCCUAGCGACCUGCGCAAGCAUCGCAGGAAGUCUGCUCAGGAUGACAAGGCCACUAUCAGGUGUGAGACGUCCCCCCCCACCACGCCGCGUUCCAUGCGCCUUAACAGGGAGGUGGGGCAUGCUGCCAGCCAUGAAGACAUUCGAGGUUUGGGAGGCCUGCAGGACGGUCAGGGCAGUAACCCCAGCAGCAGCAACAGCAGCCAGGACUCUCUCAACAAAGCAGCCAAGAAGAAGAGCAUCAAGUCUUCCAUCGGACGCCUGUUUGGGAAGAAAGAGAAGGGCCGACCCAGCGUACCAGGCAAGGAUUCGCCCAGCCAAGCUGGCACGCCAGAGGCAGAAAGCUCCCCAAAGGAUGGACUGGGAAUGGGAACACUCGGAGGUCCUUCAGAGAAGAACCGGAAGCUGCAGAAGAAACACGAGUUACUGGAAGAAGCUCGAAGGCAGGGCGUCCCGUUCGCUCAGUGGGACGGCCCGACCGUCGUGGCCUGGUUGGAGCUGUGGGUCGGCAUGCCGGCCUGGUACGUGGCCGCGUGUCGAGCCAACGUGAAGAGCGGAGCCAUCAUGUCGGCGCUGUCCGACACGGAGAUCCAACGAGAAAUCGGAAUCAGCAACCCAUUACAUCGUCUGAAACUCCGCCUGGCCAUCCAGGAAAUCAUGUCCCUCACCAGCCCCUCAGCCCCGCCCACAUCCCGAACGACCACAGGAAACGUUUGGGUCACACAUGAAGAGAUGGAGAGUUUGGCAGCAACGCCUCCGACGGAGGAUGAGGAGGGCAGCUGGGCCCAGACGCUGGCGUAUGGAGACAUGAACCAUGAGUGGAUCGGUAACGAGUGGCUGCCCAGUCUGGGUUUGCCCCAGUACCGGUCCUACUUCAUGGAGUCCCUGGUGGACGCCCGGAUGCUGGAUCACCUGACCAAGAAGGACCUAAGAGGUCAGCUGAAGAUGGUGGACAGCUUCCACAGGAACAGUUUCCAGUGUGGUGUCAUGUGUCUGAGGAGGCUGAACUACGACCGGAAGGAGCUGGAAAGCAGGAGAGAGGAGUCCCAGCUGGAACUCAGAGAUGUGAUGGUGUGGUCCAACGAGCGUGUGAUCAACUGGAUUCAGAGCAUCGGCCUCAAAGAGUUCAGCAGCAACCUUUAUGAGAGCGGCGUUCACGGGGCGUUGCUGUCCCUGGACGAAAGCUUCGAUCACAACACGCUGGCUCUGCUCCUGCAGAUCCCCACUCAGAACACGCAGGCCCGAGCAACUCUGGAGCGGGAGUACACCGGUCUACUGGCCAUCGGCACAGACAGGAAGGUGGAAGAGGAUGACGAUAAGAACUUCCGCCGUGCUCCAUCGUGGAGGAAGAAGUUCAGACCCAAAGACAUGAGAGGGGUGUCGCUGGGUGUGUCAGACACCCUUCCUGCCAACUUCCGAGUGACGAGUAGCAGCGCGGCGUCUCCCUCAAUGCAGCCAAAGAGGAGCCCGAUGGACGGAGGUCAGUCUAUACAGAGGCUGGACACGGCCACAGUCAGGACCUACUCUUGUUAACACGCAACGUUUAUCCUCAUUAUUUCUAUAGGUAGCCGCUGGUCAGAGGACGAUGGGGAAUUCCCUGCAUUCAAAACCAGGAUGAUGAACUGAAAUGACUCUAAAAGGCUCGGCGCCCACAGACAAGUUUCUGCGUUCUAAGAUAUUUACGUCACCCAACGGGACUCUUAAUUGAUUUCUAGAACGAUGAUGUAAUCUCUUUUGGCCUCUGUAAUCAGCCCUUUUUAAAACCCAUCCUCCUCAGAUUUGUGUAACAAAGUUUCUGCUGUCUGGAGUUUGUAUAUUUCUACCAACAGACGUUUUAUCUAAUCUUUUUUAUAAUCCUGAUUCUAUUGACCAGAUGUAUGUUUUCUUUCCUCUAAUUAUCAAAUGUAUUAAGUGACUUUAAAAUGAGAUAUAACUUAAUUCAUAUCCUUUAACCCGUUUGUAAUUUUGUAGUUUAUUGCCUGUGACGUUAUGUAAAUGCAGCUCUUAGAUGAAUAUCGGACACGCUGCUGGCCGCCGCUUCCACCAACACUGUGAGUGAGUCACCCGUCGCCUUCAACUGCUGGCAAGCCUGGUGACGACGACCACGAUCAGGUGCAACGGAGGCUUUAUCUUUUCCAUAUCAGUGAUACCAAAACCAGUCUCCCGAAGUUGAGAGUUGAAGCCAUAAAGCCGAAGCAGUAAGAGAAGAUCCGAUGGAAGUGAGUCAGACCUGCAUGAUAGAGACGCUCCACCCAUCUCCUGCUCAAACGCCCUUUAAGGAACCUUCCUCACCUCUGGAGAACCCCACAGACGGAGUCAGGAGAACGUCUGCGGUGUGGAGAAUCCUGGAAACGGACCAACUUCACCGAUGCCUCGUUGGGUUCCUGCUGUGAUCACUAGAGAACCUCCACCCACACGCCCGUUUAUAAAACACUUUCUACUAAGAUUUUAUAUGGAGCCUUAUUCUUUAACUCCUUUCUUGUCUUUUCCUAUUUAUUAUCACUCAUCCAUGUUGUGUGUCGUUAGUUCUCCUCCACCUCCAACUCUGGUUCCUACGUUGGUCUCCAUGACGAUGGAGAAGAACCGAAGCUUUUCCUUCUGUGUAGCUGAUGUAGAAAUGUUUUUAGUUUUUUUUUUUUUUGGUGAUUUUAGUCAUUUAUGCACAAAGUAAAUCAUGUUGCUGUUUUUAUUCCUGCUUCUCCUGUUGAGUCUUCUGAUCUUGUAACAAUGAUGUACAGUCUGAGUACUUAUAAACUAUUUUUAUCACAGUAUUAUUUAUUGCUUACUUUCAAUAAAAUACUGAAACUUAUUUUCCACUGCA